AUGUUCAAGUCCUUAGAAUUUUCCAAUCAAACUUCUGAUUUUCAAUUACCUCGAGAACGUCCUUCAUCGACAAGAAGUUCGUGGGGUUUUCGAUCCUCUUCCAAUCUCAAAGAAAAAACAGUGAAAUUUGUGAGGCGAGACGAUUAUCGACAUUUAAAUCUGAGUAUUUAUCCCAAGACUGGUCUCUUAUUGCGAGUGCUGAGAGAGGAAUUUGAGGAUGAUCGAUUAUCGUACUUUCUGGAUCCAGUGACGAAAAAAGAAGUCUCCUAUGAAGAUUUGUCCAAGUUAGAGGUUGUGUUAGUGUUGGAAGAUGCCGAUGUUGUUGAGUAUAUGGUGCAUUGUUAUAACAAAAGUUUGAGUAAUAGCAUGUUCUAA